AUGCCAGCCACAUUUGGUUUUCUGGGCACCUUGGCAUACGCUAUCGGCGUUUUUGCGUCCGUAACGGUCUAUUACCCUCCUGGACAGGAACCUCUAGGUUCAGCGACGACCUCGGUAUCAGCGGCUACGUAUACAGGCGCUGCGGCUUACAAUCCAACCGUUUUGGACCCCCCACCGCCGCCGAACCCGCCUAUCGUCACCGAGUUUGGCCUGGAGCUGCGGAAUGAGGGCACACCAGGCGUUUCCAUCCCACAAAGCGGGUCGUUCUUUGGAUUCUCAAUAGAAAUGUCGGUUGUCGACCAGGUUUUGGGCAAAAACUCCACGGUCUUGAUGGUCCCCUUUCUCAAUCUGAUGUCUAACCUCGUGCGGCGUGGUGGGAGCGUGCGGAUUCGCGUUGGAGGAAAUACCCAAGAAACCGCUGUGCUCGUACCCGAGCUUCCGAAUGGUCGAAUUCUUCAGAAAGACGUGAACGGCGUGUCGAACCCUACGCAAACCCCGCCGUUGGACUACACCGCAGACUUGAUAUACAUGCUCGGAAAUAUAUCCUCGCUGGUCGAAGUGGAUUGGUUCUUGGGUAUUCCAUUCAGGGAUACAUCCGAAUUCCAGCUCGCCAUUGCUGAAGUGGGGCAGCAAGUACUUGGUUCUCGAUUGAUAGGUCUCCAAGCCGGAAACGAACCCGAUCUCUACGCUCGCCACGGACAUAGGGAUGAGAGCUAUGGGCCAUACGACUAUCUGGGCGAAUUCGACAACCUUAUAAAUGCGAUGUCGGGAGACGUGCACCUUUCCAACAGGCAGCUACUCAUUGGACCCAACGUUGCAACUGGAGACUGGACACCUGAAAUGGUUUGGGAAACAGGUUUCGUAGACCAAUUCUCCAGUAAUCUAGCUUAUCUCGCCGUGGAGCACUACCCGAUCGACAACUGCUUUGCGCAAUUCGGAGUUGGAACGUAUCAUGAUCCUCAGGAGGUCUUCCAGAGCUUCUUGACGCACGAUUCUGGGAUUAGCAUUGUUGCGCCCUACCUGGGCUCGACCGAAUACGCCCAGAGCAGAGGGAAAGGACUGUUGAUGUUUGAAACCAACACCGCCUCCUGCGGAGGGUUCCCUGGAAUCAGUGAUUCCUUUGGUGCUGCCCUGUGGGCAUUGGACUACUCCAUGCAGAUGGCACACGCCAACUUUUCGGGAGCCUUGUUCCACGUUGGCGGUCAGAACGUCUUCUAUAACCCCUUCACUCCUCCACCAACUAACCAGUCAACCUUCCGCCAAUGGACAAUUGGCCCGGUCUACUACUCUGCUCUCGUGAUGGCUGAAGCCCUUGGGCCGUCGAAUGGUGCGCAGGUGCUCGACCUCGAGGCCAAUAACGGAAACGUGUAUACUCCCGCCUAUGCCAUCUACGAACACGGACGUCCAGUCAAAGUGCUGCUGAUCAACUUUAUUGACGACCCGUCUGGAGCAAACGAUAUCACCAUCUCGAUCUCAGUUGGUGGUGGCUCAACUGGGGAGCCUAAUGCUAGUCCGUCGCAAGUCCGGGUCAAGUACCUCUUGGCUUCCUCUGUUUCGCAGAAAGGAAACUUUACCUGGGCUGGACAGUCUUUUGGCGCCAACUUUGGAUCGGAUGGUCGACUUCAAGGCGACGAAGACAUCCAAACCGUGCCAUGUGACCAAGCAAACAACAUCUGUUCCGUCUCAGUCCCAGCGCCUGGUGCAGCACUCGUCUUCCUCACCGACGGAGCCUUGGAGGAAGUGGAGAAUAAUCCUGUCAAGACUUAUGCGACGACCGUCAUGACGAGAACCAUGAACACUGCGACGUACGAUCCCGCUGUCCUGCAGACAUCGAACGGGCAUAUUGGGUUCGAUGCGAAGGACCAUUUGGGGAGUACCAGUAGGGGAAGUAUUGGAGCUACCAGCGACAGGGCGGUAAAUGGUAUCGUGAAGAUGGUUGGAGGUGCGGUUUUGGCUCAUUUCGUUUUGAUCCUUUUGCUUUGA